UUGAUCUCUUGUGGAAUGCCGGAUGCAUUCAUGGGCACAGGCAGAUAUUUCCAUAAUUGAUUCAUCCAUCUCAGGGCAACAGAGAUUUUGAUAGGGGGCUUAAUAUUUCAAAGCAUAAUAUCUAUGGUUUAUUUUGUUUUUGAAAGAUUUUCUUUGUUGAGUGAUGAUGAGUGAUUUUUACUCCAAAUUUUCAAGGUAAUACAAUACCUUGUGGUGAGGAUGCUGGUGACUUGUGUACAUAGGAGCAAGUAGAUUCAGACAGGGAUGGAGGAGUGGAUGCUGAAUGACUUGCUGGAGUGCUCAGUAUGCCUGGAGCGCCUGGACACUUCCAGCAAGGUUCUCCCUUGUCAGCACACCUUUUGUCGGAAGUGUCUGGAGGACAUCUAUACUACCAACAGAGAGCUGCGGUGUCCAGAGUGCCGGGUACUAGUAGAUGCCAGAAUAGAUGAGCUACCGCCUAAUGUUCUACUAAUGCGUAUACUGGAGGGCAUGCGGAAUGCUGGACCUAACAAACGCAACUCCACGGGCAGUGUGCGCCAAGCGUCUAGUAGUGUCCAACCUCCCAACACCCAUGCUGUUCCCGAGCCCAACGCCCGGCUGCAACAACCUCUCUCUGGAGCUGCUGUCAAGAUUCCCAGCCAGCCAUACGCAAGAGCAGUGUACGACUAUCUCUCCAAGGAACCCGGUGACUUGAGCUUCAAGAAGGGAGAUCUGAUAAUUCUACGCAAGAAGAUAGACAGCAACUGGUACCAUGGCGAGUGCGGCUCCAACCAAGGAGUUUUCCCACUCAGUUAUGUGCAGAUCAUGACACCUCUGCCCAGCCACAUCCCUCAGUGUAAGGCCCUCUACGACUUCCGGAUGACCAAUGACGAUGAGGACGGCUGUCUCACCUUUAACAAGGGUGAAGUGAUCACUGUGAUCAGGAGAGUAGACGAGAACUGGGCGGAGGGCAAGCUCAGUGACCGCAUCGGUAUCUUCCCUCUGGCCUUCGUGGAGAUGAACAGCAUCGCCCGUGCACUCAUGAAGCUUUCCUCCAAUGCCCAGCCCGGACCAUCACGGCUGGCUCCCCCCACUCCUACCACUGAGGACGUCACACCCCUCAUACCUACUGACCACAGUCGCGUUCUUGCUCAGCCUCAACACCAGCCGCAACAUGUGAUGGGAGGGUCGGAUUCUUCGAGCUCGACGACACUCACAUCGCCCUCAUCGUCUUCUUCCUCUACCCCCGCCACCUCCAGCAGUAGUACUGCCCCCAGCUCACCCACCUCACCUCCUGCCCAACCUCCACCCACCUCUGCUCAACCCCCACCCAGCAAGAGACACAGCUUCAGUGUGCUGCAUCACCCGCACAAUAGACAUUCAGCUGAGAUACUCAGUCCCACGGACACAACGCAGGACCCGUCGUCACCUCAGACCAACGGUGGUGUGGAUUGUGUGGAGCGUGUGCGGCGCGCUUCUGAGAUUCCCCCGCCACAAGGGACUCCUCACUCGUCCCUACAGCUGCCCGCCGCGUACGUGGCACUCUACCCGUACAAGCCCCAGAAAGCUGACGAGUUGGAACUGAAGAGGGGGAGUGUCUACACGGUCACCGAGCGUUGCCAGGACGGUUGGUUCAAGGGCACGGCCAACCGUAGCCACAAGUGUGGUGUCUUUCCUGGCAACUAUGUUGCCCCCGCCAAAUCACUAUCAGCACUACAAGCCCAGGUGCGUGGACUGCCACUGACAUCACAGAAAGGUGGUCCUCCCACCCCACCGGCACCGCUACAGCCCCGCCCUCGCACUGCUGUCAGCUACACUCGCCAGUCCCCCGCCCCGGUACCCCCGCCCGGCAGCCCUCGCUCUCUCGGGGGAGGCAUCGCUCCAGAGCUGCCCCCCCGCUCUGUCAGCCCUGCCCCCGUCCAGGCCCCCACCUCCGUCUCCUGGCAUGGGGAGUCACCGCCCCAGCCCUUGGGAGGACAGUGCCCGGAGAGUGGGUCACCCUCACGUCAGCCCCCGUCCACCACUGUCAGCUCGCCACCCAACACUGCCAUAUCCUCGCCCCUGUGUCGCUCCGUCGACAAGACUAAAGACAAGAAGUCGGUGAGCCUGAUGAGAAGACUGACCAGUAUCAAGAAGUCACGCUCCCCUCCGCCCUCGUACUCCAUGGACAACCCUGUGUUUGAGGACGGGUCCUCGCCCACUCCUACACCUACUGUACAUGUCAGGUCCGGCUCGUGUCCCAGCCAGUUGCUACAAGUGUUGCCACUGGACGGCAGCUCCCCCCACCACCGGCUGCGCACCAAGCACAAGGAACGCACCCACCAGUCCAGGGGCGACAGGUGUGAGGUGGCAAUGCCGACCACUGUUGCCAACCCUGCAAUCGCCACACAUCGCAAGUCUAAUUCAUUGGAUGGCUCAGAGCGCAAGACAAAACAGCUGGUUCCUCCAGUCAGAGAACGUUUCCGGUGCAUCGUCGCAUAUCCACCGAACAGCGAGUACGAACUGGAGCUACGUGUGGGGGACGUGAUCUACGUUCACCGCAAGCGAGAUGAUGGUUGGUACAAGGGUACACAGCAGCGCACAGGCAAGACGGGGUUGUUUCCUGCCAGCUUCGUAGAGUCCUUCUGAGACGACCGAGCCCGGCCCAGUGUUCUGCUAGAAACGUGUAUCUGAGCGCUGGGUCGCCAUCACCAGGAUCUGAGAAAUCAUGCAAGAGCGGAGUCUGAGAUUUUCCCUGCCAGCUUCGUAGAGUCCUGAGACGACCGAGCCCGGCCCAGUGUUCUGCUAGAAACUUGUAUCUGAGCGCUGGGUCGCCAUCACCAGGAUCUGAGAAAUCAUGCAAGAGCGGAGUCUGAGAUUUUCCCUGCCAGCUUCGUAGAGUCCUGAGACGACCGAGCCCGGCCCAGUGUUCUGCUAGAAACUUGUAUCUGAGCACUGGGUCGCCAUCACCAGGAUCUGAGAAAUGCAAAGGCUGAUUCCGAGAUUGUUCCAAGUUCUUCAACUGUUCUCCAAACCACAUGAUCAAAUAGCAGAUUCAAAGUAUCAUAUCUUAUAGUUUCUUUUGUUGGUUUUUUUAACAAUCAUCUCUAAAAUACUUUUUAGGUUUAUUAUUAAGUUUUAUAUUGUGAUAAUAGUUUUAUUUAAUUUAAAUUUAAACAAAGUAAUAGCGAGUAUUUUAAACUUCCGACAUGUAGCUUGUCAGCUGUAAUGUAUCUGUACAGUCAGAAAUGAGUUUGAAUCUGUGCAGUUUCCGGUGUGUCGUCGCGUAUCCACAUAACAGCAUGAACUGGAGCUACGUGGGGGGACGUAAUCUACGUUCACCGCAAGGGAGAUGAUGGCUAGUACAAGGGUACAGCUGAUCGUUAUAACAUGCAUUAACUGUAGAUUGUACGUAUUAACUACGUAUUCAGUAAGUUAUAAAUAGUCUCCCCAUUAUUAGCCAGGUAAUUACAAAACAAUGACCCUAAAUAUUCAAUCAGAGAUCAAGUGAAAAUGCACCUAGAGUGAAAACUACACUGCUGCAAAAACCAAGAAUUUAAGAGUUAAUUUUUUUAUGGAGUAUUCUAAAGUGAAUUUAGAUU